CGCUUGUGAUUUUUAAAAUUCGACGGAAUCACGGGCCCUUUUGAUCCGGAUCAGGAUCCGACCCAUAUGAAUCUGAACCGUUUUACGCUUGCAGACAUCUGAAACUUUUGAUAAUUGGAAAAGAGGGUGAAAAUUUUGGAGAUGGAAUUUUUGUUGUAUGAUUGAUUAUCAUACCCUUACACUUUACUUUGCUGUUACCGUUCUCUCUUCACAUUAAGCUCCCUGGAGUUUCCGAAAAUUUCUUGUAAGAGAAAGACAAUGGAUCAUAUGGACAUCGAUCAGAUAGUUGAGGUUCCAGACACUCCCGAUAGAUUAGCUAAACAUGGAAUCAAUGGGAGGAAUGGCGUUAUAACUGAAAAUCAACGUUCAUCAAUGCCCCGUCUUGGGCAGAAGAUUUUUCUUGAAGAGGGUUCUAGAGAUCAGCCAAUGAUCAUUGACAGUGGAAGCCGAGGGCUGUCCCUGCAUCCUUCAAAACGUCCUAGCAAUUUCAAGAAUUCUCAGUGUCCCAAUACAUCUGCGUCCUUUUCCUUGGUGAGUUCACCAUCAUCAAGAAAUGGCAACCUAUACCGAAAAGUGGUGACAGAGAGAAAACCCAGUUACCUCACCCAUGAUUCCAUGCAUAAAAGCUUGGAGUCCGUGAGACCAUCAUAUCCUUCAAAAUCUUCCUCAUCUUCUCAAGAUGAUGGUAUCUCAGAUCCCAUAGAAUGGAGUUUUCUAGCUGCUCGUAAGAAUGCUUCUUCAAGCACUGUACCUGGAAACAAUGAAACUUCAGAUUUACCUACUGGAACUUCUUCACAUGACCUGGCAAAUUUGGUGAACACAUCCUGCAAUGGCAAUGAGGAGAAAAAGAAACCGAGCAGAGGUGGUUUGAGUUUUGGACCUGGUGAAAGAGUGGGGUUUGGUGGUAUUAAUAAGAAAAAACCUGAGAAUGGGGUUGUUUCUUCUAAUCCCAUUGCCCCGCCUAGAGUAAAUAAACAAAAGAGAUUGGUAAGAAAUGGAUGUAUAUCUCCCAUUAACAUAGCUAAGGCUGAACAGUUAGUUGGGAAUGAUGUUAACAGCUAUGUAGCUGUUGGACAUAAUACUGGUUUUGUAGCUAACGAACAUAGUACUGGCUCUAGGGCAUCUGAUCCUCCACCUGUUCUAAUUGAUAUAAGAGAUUUGGUUACUGAAGAAGAUGAUUCUCACUCACGAAAGGGCAAAGGGAUGACAAGUCAUCCCUGUUCGUCAAGGAGACUUGAUUGGGGAACCAAGAAUUUGCACGGCAGGAGCUCUGUGAAUCCCGGUGAGAAAGCUGUAGAAUCAGUUGAUUACAAUGGUGAUGCAGGUAAAAACAUUGGAGAAUCAGCUGGAUGGAGGAGUACACGUAAUAGGUCUAGAGGAGUGAUUAAUAUAUCAUCACCUGACAAAGAAAAAAAUUUGAUUACGGAGAGGGUGACUCCAAGAUUGUCGAUUCAGCAGCAUGAGACUAGGUCGGAUAGAAGAGGGAAAGGAAUAAGUGUUGCUAAUUGUGACAAUUGUCCUAACAACGCAAGUUUUAUCUCUUCCGAGCAAUUUCGUGCUCAACCUGUAAAGGAAUCAGUAUCCCAUCCUAGAGCUCGACUGGGACAAGUAAAUGGGCCUCGUUCUGCUGCUGGCACGCUUAUUAAAAGGCAGAAGCAGGGGUCUAGCUUCAAUAGUUAUGGUGAAUGUUCUACAUCAGUUUCAGACGAUCUAGAAGUCAUUUUGCUUAGUUCACCUGCAGAAGCAGCCAAUUUGAGACCUUCUUCUAGUAAUGCAAACAUGCCUCAAAUUAUUGAGGUUGAUGAAUCUUCUCCUCAACUGCCACAUGAUACCCGAGAUGACCAUGCUAGGGCAAGACAGCUUGAAGCAGAUGAACUUAUGGCUCUUGAACUUCAAGAACAAUUUUAUAAUGAAAUGCCUGCAUUCGGAGUUCAAGAGACUGAUGAGCAUGUAGCAAUUGCAUUGCAGCACCAGGAUGGUCCGAGUCAUGGUCGUGCUCGGGGAAGGCCGCAAGUGUUAGAUGCAAGAUCAAUGUCCAAUUUGCGUAGACAAUCCAAUGCUCGAUCUUCUUCAAAUGCUCCUCGAAGAGGAUCUCUGGCUCGAUCUUUACCACUGAGAAGUCGUUUUCCCGGACAACCCCGAACCUUAUCAUCUUCUCGAUGGAGAGCCUCUAUGUUUCCCCCAGACAUGGAUAUUGACAUGAGAAUGCAAAUACUGGGAGCGCUAGAAGAGUUCAGUGACAUGGGAAUGAAUGCCGGCAUCCUUCACUCCAACCGUGAUUUCAAUGAGAGCGAUUAUGAAAUGUUGUUGGCUCUCGAUGACAAUGUCAAUCAUGGUGGUGCAUCUGAUCGUCAGAUUAAUGGCCUUCCACAAUCAACGGUUCAGACUGAUCAUGAAGAAGCCUGUGCAAUUUGUCUUGAGACUCCAACUACUGGAGAGACAAUCCGCCACCUCCCUUGUUUGCACAAAUUUCACAAAGAUUGUAUUGAUCCAUGGCUGAGGAGGAGAUCAUCUUGUCCAACUUGCAAGUCGUCCAUAACAUGACAUGCUCGUGUAGUUCAUCGUCUUUUUGCAAGUGGAACCAGGCUUUGUUGUCUGAGUUGAUAUUCAUCUUUUUUAAGUGUGUAGCAUUUAAAUGCUGGAGGUGUUGUGGAACCACAAUCUUUGAUGUUGAUCUUUUUUUUUAAAUGCUAAAUUUGCGUAUACAGAAGAGCAUGAUUAUACUUACGCUCUUGGUUAUUCAUGACAAGCCUUAAUGAAAAUGCUGGUUUCUUUGAACAUGUA